AUGCAAGGGAGUUUCCUGAGCACAUCCGCAACAACAACAAUACUUUCGCAUUUGCGUCAAGUGGAACUCACCUGGACACAUCACGACACGGACCAUACUGCUAUAGGAUUCACGGGCAAAUCUGCCACAGGAUUGGGCCUGCGCGCCCGGAAGAGGGCCAACUGCAUCAAUAUGGAUAAGUAUACAUUCUCGACGAUACAGGCGGACGAUAUAGUGCGGACCAUAGAUGUUGGGCAAACUGUGAGAUAUUUCUUCAUUGGUGGACCAGGAGGAAGUGGAAAACGAAGGGGGCGUACAGCAAGUAGCACUUUCAAGCUGAAUAUUCACGAUAAGGGCAAAACGAGUACGAUGACAAGGGAAUCACCAGAAGAACGAGCCCUACGAGACAUUUCUGUCAUUUUUUGGGACGAGAUUUCGAUGGUUCCAAAAUGGACAAUGGAAGCCGUGGACUUCCUGCUAAGAAAUCUGAUGCAAAAUGAGGUACCGUUUGGAGGAAAAACCAUGAUUGUCAGAGGGGAUUUUCGACAAGUUAUCCCAGUUGUAGAGAAGUGA